AUGGGUGCCCCUCUGCUCCUCUGCAGCCUCUUUCUCAUCCUGCUGAUCCACACUGUUCCUUCCCAGCCCAAUGAAGGCAAGGUCAGGGAGGCGCUGCGGACACGACUAGAAACACGGACCUCCAAAGGAGCAUCGGCGAAUGCUACGGGCCUCCAGAACAAGCCGAUAAAACUCCGAGCCAAAUCAAUUCCCAGCCCAGCCAGGAGUCGGCAAAAGCAACACACUCUGGAGAGGCGUCAGGAGCAACAGUGCCAACUACGAAGCCUGGUGCUUCCCGUCACGGGCUUGGGCUUGGGCUACAACGCUGAGGAGGUCAUCCGCUUCCAGUACUGCAGCGGGAGGUGCCCCGUAGCCCGCAGGAGCUGCCCUUACCCCCGCAGGAACUAUGACCUGGCGCUCUUAUUUUUGCUGCGGAAUAGCAAGGUCCCAGCCUUAGGGGAACGCUGCUGUCGUCCAGUACAGUUCAACGAAGUGGCCUUUAUGGAUGACAGCCAAAAGUGGCGAGUGGUGGAGGAGCUCGUGGCCAACGCCUGUGACUGUGUGGGCUGA